CUUUGAUGGCUCGGUUCCUGAUGAAGCCCCAGUGAAAUCGGUAGCCCACGCAAUCAAGGAUAUCAAUGAGAAAGCAAAUACCUACGUACAGCCCGAGAAACACGCCAUGUGUUACCAUGGCAACGUAAAGUGUUGGUUUUGCAUGGCUGUGCUUGGUCCACGCAUGUGGGCGUCCAGCGGUAUCAGGCCGUGCGGGUGUGAUCAUUAAAUUAUUUCAACCGCCAA